UUUGAACUUUGUGUGUUGACUGAAGUGAGAUUGGUUAAAUCUGAACUCUGUUAUUUUCCCCACCGGGACACUUUACGUUGGACUUUUUGGUGUCUACACUCCACAUACGUGAUACUGAGGAGGAUUUUGUUGGCCAUUUCCAAUCCACACUAACUGGUUUCGGAUGGCCCUUUUAUAGAGAACGCACCAGGAGAACCCAAAAACAGAGCUCGGUCCUGGACUCAGUCGGAUCACUGACGAAGAUCAACAAGAGACUCUGAGGCUCCACAGCAGGUAGAAGACAUCAUGGGGAACCGCCAGUGCACCGUUGAGAUUGAGAAUAAGUGCUCUGUGUACACCCUGUGUAACCCGAAGGUGUUCAUUGUCAGUGGAAUCUAUGAGAAGUCUUUGCCACCGUCUCUCGGCCACUCUGAAUCUGGCAGCGGUCGGUUCAUCAAGACUGCGAACACAGCGUGUGGAGCAGUUGGCGUCCUCACUUAUGAUCUGCAGAAUGACUCCACGGAGAAAUGUGAUGGCAAAUUGGCCGUCAUGUACUCUGUUCCUUAUGACUACACCGUGUACUAUAACUGGUUUGCAGUGGGAGUCUUUGACGUGAACACAGACUGUGACUACAGUCUUUAUCACGAGAUGUAG